AUGUUACGUCUGUGUGGCUUUCUCAACUCCUCCUCGACACGGCGGACGGUGGGUCGGGCGGCCGGGGCCUCCCUGCCUUCCCGUCCGGGCCUGAGUGGGGAAAAGAGCCAAAAGGGGUCGUCCGGGAAGAUUAUCCUGCCCUGGUGCGCCCGCCCCAGCUACGACCUCCACGUCGAGGAGUGGAAAUACCUCGAUCGGAUGCUGGCGGGGGUGAUCGGGAUGACGGCCCAAGAAGUGUCGGAGCGCUCCCUGCGGUUGGUCGGGCGGGACCUGCUCCGGGAGAUGGAGGAGCCCGUCCGGAUGCUCUAUCAGCGGCACCUCAAGCCGCAAAAGAUGGCCCAUCCCGGCCAAACCAGGCUUUUGAAGUCCGACAAUCACCUACCCACCACGGCCCCCCAUCAUCGAAGCGGCAGGCCGCCCCGCGAGAACGCCCCCGAAUGCCCCGCCGAGGCCCCUGAAAGGCCCAAAGGCAAAUCCCCCGCUAUCUCGGCCGCAAAAUCCAUCACAAACUCAAAGGAGGAAAGUCAUGCCUCAGAGGUGGCGGCUAUCAACGCCGCGAAGGCGGCUCUCGCGACGAUUCUGGACUCGAUGAGCAAACGGCUGUCGAAUAGGGAGCGGAUUAAAACCUCCCGAGGAAAGGACGCGAAGGCGGAAUCCCUUCACGGGGAUACUAAAAAGUCUCCUCUUCCCCUCGCCACCCUUCUGCGGGAAAACAUCAAAAACGCUCAAGAGGGUGUAAAACAUAUCGGUCUCUCAGCUUCCGAGUCUGCCAUUAACGGCGUUCAUAAUCAUUCAAGCCGCAUUAGCAGUAUUUCUAGUAAUGAAACGAGUGCGCGGUUGGACCUUGAAGCGAAUAAAUCGCAUCCGAGAAGGCAAGCACCAUCCCAUAGUGGGAUGGGGACUAGGAAAAAAAUAUCCUCUAGGAAGGUAAAGGAUAAAGAUGAGAUUAGUGUACACUUGGUAUAG